CAGGAGACAGACAUCCAUCCUACAUAUGCACUGGUGAGUGCCAGCUAUCUAUCCCCUACUCCAACAGAGCCCCAAAUUGCGAUCUCCCUGCGAUCGCUCGAACUGUUAUACUCUCUUUUCCGAGCAGCGCCUGCUUUCAGUAUUCAACAUUUUACCUGGGUGGUUUCUGACAUACACAAGAUGGUAAAUCAGCCCUACUUAAGAACCCAAAUCUCACUUGCUUUCGAUAUCUUCUAUCGGAUAUUCUUCCACCUGGAUAAACUCGUCAAACAAGCUGUAGGUCAGGUGGGGCCCAAUUAUCGUCUCAAAAAUUCCUGCCCUGCUUGUCACUGUAAGGUUGAAGAUGAGCCUGAACGCCCCAUUCAGCUCAUUGUCACGGCUGAUGGGAAUACCUCCCUCUCAAGGCUGCGCCACAAUUUUGCCACUGAUGCCCAAGUCUUUCCCAGUGACUACUUCAUUCCCCGAGAACAGGUCAAUAAUUUUGCUGACACUUGA